AUGCUUCAUCUGCUCUCAUUAUGCCUCCUCGCCUGGCUCGCACACACUUCCCCAGCGCCGCCUGCCAUCACGCCUUCGCCCAAGUCCUUGCCUGAGCUUCUCAAACAGGCAAAUAACGUCUGCGGAUCGUGGAUUGAUAUCAGCUCUACCAGUAUGCUUCCUAUCCCUCGUACAUACGCUCGGAACGUCAAUUAUGCUGGUAGCUAUCCCCCAACCUUCGGCCCCGCCAGCAUUCAUAGGAUCGAGAGACAAUCGCUGAUCGUGCUCAGUCCCUCUACCGCGCCCUAUAAAACGCGAUACGACUACGACGAAACAAACGUAUCCGCAGUCCAGAUAGUCUGCGGCGUCGGAACCGCAACCCUCAUCAACGCCUACGACGCGCUCUUCACCUUAGAGCAAACCGAAGCCCAGACCUUCGGCGGUGUCAACACGGCCGCAGUAUCGGAUCUUCAACCCGCAAUCACUGUAUCGGCGGUCACAGUGACACAGCCCGCCUCGUCCGGAUUGACCACCACACCUCCCCCAUCAAGCACCAGCAGCGGCUCCGGCUCAGCACCUGCGGCCACGACCAGUGACGCGGCAAGUGAUGGUGGAGGGUUAGCGGUAGGUGCGGAGAUAGGGUCGAUUGUUGGGGCGAUAUGCGGGGCGAUUGCAUCGGGGGUGUCGAUAUUCUUCGGACGGAGAGGACUGGAGAAACGGCACGAGAAUACGGAAAAGAAGCUGGCGGCGAAGGAGGAGGAGGAGGCGGAGAAGGCAGCGCAGGAACAGCCUAUGAUAUCGUCACCUAGCCAUUGGAUUCGACCGGGACGUUCACUCAUUUGA